AUGAAGUUCCUUCCACUUCCCGAGUUUGAAGACGUGACGAGUUCGUUGAAUUUCGAUACCGCUGAUUGUCAUAUCGUUGGGGGUUGUGACCUUUAUACCACCAAAGCCGCCCGCGCCGAUCGCAAGUUGUACAAGAACAUCGAACAAUCACUAGAGGCCCAAUAUGAGUCGGUUCUCCGCCUGUCGGCUUCCCUAUCUCCUCCGAACGCGUCCCACGCGGCUGCUUCCUUGAAUCUCUCCCGCUCCAGUCCGUUUGGGCCCCUGAGCGAUCAUUCGAGUCGCCGCACCUUUGCCUAUCUGAUCGCCACGCUGAACGCGAGCCACCCUGACUAUGACUUUUCGCAUGUGUUACGCCCGUCGGAUUUCCAUCGUGAGAGGAAUUUGAAGAGAGUAAUGAACACGAUUGACUCCACGCUUUUCAACCUUCGGCCACGUGAAGCCAUUGAUCUGACACCACCAUCCCCAUCCACCGUUUCCGGAUCAUACAAUGCAGAAGCGUCCUCUACGUGGGGUCAAAGGAUGUGGAAGAUCAUGGACGAGCAAAUGUCUUUGAAGGAGUGUUCUAUUUACUCCUACUCACCGGAGGAGGACCCGUCCGAUGCCGACGACGGCGCAAUUUGGAGCCUUCAUUACUUCUUUUUCAAUCGUCUGCGGAAGCGUGUUUGCUAUAUCUAUAUCAGAGCUAUCCCUAUUCUCAGUCACACACCGAGCGAGGGCGUCGCUACGCCAACGACGAAGAGAACGUUCGACGACGGAUAUCUGACCCCUAAUAUCAGCUCGAGCAAGCGGACUCGCUACUGGUUUGGCGAACAUGCUGAGCUUGAUGAGAGUGAGAGUGAUGAGGAGCACAAAUCGAAACGACCCGUGGAUGAGUUCGAUCACUAUAUCAUGAGUGAUGAGGAAUUCCGAUCUCGGUCCGGUAGCAAAGGCACCGUUCGCGCCAUGAGUGAGGAGAUUGCGGACUCGAUGGAGGUUUGA